AUGCAGGAGCUGAAGGCACAAGGGAAAUAUCCUGGGGAGGAGGGGGAGGAGGAUGACGACGACAAUGAUGAAGAAGGAGAUAGUGAUGAGUCCGAGUCGUCUUUGAGUGAAAACAAUUGUAAACCACGCGAUUACAUUGGCUGUGUUGUGGUCAAGUAUGUGGAGGCCCUUGAAAAUGAGGACUUGGGUAUAACACCAUUGAUGGCGGUGUCAAAAAUCUUGGAUCGUUUCUCAUCUAUUCGUGACGUUCAUUUAGUGCGGAGCAGCAGUUCUUCGUCGACGAAUGGAGACGCUACAGACGAGGGGCAGGCUGUACACGUAAUUGAUCUGCUUCUAGAGAACAAUGGGGAAUCAGAGAAAAUGACAGCACCAAUGCUACCGUCGCCGGGGGAUACUGUGGAGAUUUUGGUUCCUAAUGAUAAUGACACAAGCAGCAGUGGUCGGGUUGGGGAAGUGGAGAAACUGUGCAGCCGGCUAGGGGUCAGUCCUGAUCAGUGGUGCGAGCUUCACCGCUCUCCGUUUGUCCCUCCGGACCACUUUCCACCUUGGCUGCCACUUCGGCGUCGGAUUCAAAUACGAACGCUAUUCGCGUAUUUUGUCGACAUAAAUAGUUCUGGCUACCUUCUGCGGCCAACUUUCUUUCAAACAUUGUUACGUAUUGCAACAUCAAGCAAAGACACCCAGUUUGCAGCAGAUACCACUGGAAAGGACCUGGGCUCUAUAGAACUGUUGGAAACCUGUGCCUCAAAGGAGGUGGCUCCGUUCGUUUACAAAACAGUAAUGAACAACGGAGCACCACUCUGUUACCCGAGGCUUAUUGAUAUGCUUGAUAUUUUUCCCUUUAUACGGCUUCCCAUUGCACGACUUCUGGAGGUGAGCGGACCAUUGCGACCCAGGAAGUUCAGUGUGGUAGAUUAUACUACUAGGGAUUCUUCUGCAGGGACGUGUCUGCGCUCCGUGCAAUUAUGUCUUCGCAGUGUUGACAUCACUGAGAAGAAGAGGUCUGGCGACACUGGAGGUGAGAAGAAGAGUGACGCGGUGCAUGUCCUCGCCGGGCUUUUGCGUGAUGCUGCAUCUCGUCGCCAAAGUAUCAAUGGGUCUCCUGGACAUGUCUUCACGGGACACGCGUCGCAUCCACUCUGCAACUUUUCUUCGCGACCACACAAAAUUCCAAUGUAUGCGGGUACCAAAUUGUUUGAUACUACCCCCUUUGCAAAAGGUCUGAAAGGAGCAUUGCUGCGGCUUGCCACACAGCCAAUGACGACAGCAGCUACAUUUCCAGCGAUGAUACUCGUCGGUGCAGGGACGGGUAUCGCACCUUUGGUAAGUGUUGUUCACGAGCUUUUGCGCCAACGCCAAGCUGGUAUGUGGUCAGAAGUGAAGAACCCUGGUUGUUGGGUGAUUUACGGCGCAAGGAAUCUUGCAGAGCUUGUUUUCCACAAACAACUCCAGGAGGCGCUGAAAUUAAACGUCAUUUCUCGCUAUGAUGUGGCGCUUUCCCGUUCAAAUGAGCAAGUUUACCCGAAGUAUGUUACGGAUGUGUUGGAUUCUCAUGCCGAUGUGCUUCGGUCUGCGCUUCUUGAAAAUGAUGCGCAGCUGUUUGUGUGCGGACCUGUGACAGUUUUAAGGUCUUUACGGCGACGAUUAAUGGACCAUAUCUUGGCCUCUAGUGAUGACGACGAGAGCAUGCGUGAACAACGCGUGCUGUUGUUGGAGAAAAAAGGACAGCUUAUGUUUGAUGUCUGGGGCACGGUAAAUGUCUUUGAAUGA